CAGGGCAGGCUAAAAGUUUGGUAUCUUACACCUGUGGAAAAGCCUUAAGAUGUGUUUUAACUUAGAGCAGGUGGGGUGACUUCAUGACUACCAUUAAGAAAAUAUAACCUGUUGGGAAACUGUUUCUGCUUUGACGAUUUUGUACAGACAAGAGCUAAACAGUGAGGAAUAUGCUUAGAUGUAUUGGGAAAGAGUUGGGUCUGUGCCAUUGUCACAAGGGUACACGAAUACUGAGAGUGAAUGCUGAAGGAAUGAGCCCAUUGGUGGUGACCCUCAGGUGAGACCAGGGUGCCAGUGUUUCAGCAAAGCCUGGGCAAUUGGAAUGCAGGGCUCCUAAGAUUCCACGACACCCCCACCUUCUAAUUCUGUUAUUGCAACUGCAGACCGUUACCUGGCACGCUGGCCACAAUCUCCCUCACUCUUGUUAGAGUCUGAGCUACGGGCAGUGCCUGCAGCUCUGAGCUAAGGUACCUCGAACCUUGUUUUUGUGGUUAAGGAUCCUAAAGUGCUGUGCGGAGUGAUCACAUUUUUCUCAACAUCCCUGACUCCACCUCUUCUGCCACAAACGUCAGCAUGGUGGUAUCUGCUGGCCCUUGGUCCAGUGAGAAGGCAGAGAUGAACAUUCUAGAAAUCAACGAGAAAUUGCGCCCCCAGCUGGCAGAGAAGAAACAGCAGUUCAGAAACAUCAAAGAGAAAUUUCUUGUAACUCAAGUGGCCUACUUCCUGGCCAACCAGCAGAAUAAAUACAAGUAUGAAGAGUGCAAAGACCUCAUAAAAUCUAUGCUGAGGGAUGAGCUGCAGGUCAAGGGGGAGAAGCUCGCAGAGCAGCUCAAGCAAGCUGAGGAGCUCAGGCAAUAUAAAGUCCUGGUUCACUCUCAGGCACGAGAGCUGAUCCAGUUAAGGGAGAAGUUACGGGAAGGGAGAGAUGCCUCCCGCUCAUUGACUCAGCAUCUCCAGGCCCUCCUCACUCCGGAUGAGCUGGACAAGUCCCAGCGGCGGGACAUCCAAGAACAGCUGGCCAAGGGGUGUAGGCUGGCACACCACCUCGUCCACAAGCUCAGCUCAGAUGAGGAUGAAAAUGAUAAAGCUGAGGAGGUCGAUAAAGUACAGGAAUCACCUGCCCCAAGGGAGGCGCAGAAGGCUGAAGAAAAGGAAGUCCCUGAAGACUCACUGGAGGAAUGUGUCAUCAGUUAUUCAAAUAGCCACGGCCCUUGUAACUCCAACCCGCCACACAGGAACACAAAAAUCACAUUUGAGGAAGACAAAGCCACCUCAACUCUGAUUGUAGAUGGUGAAUCCUCUCAAGAUGAAUGGCAGGAUACUCUAAACAUUCUCCCAGAAAAUCCAAAUGAUCAUGAGGAAGAGGAAGGGAAAGCGCCAGUGCGCCCCAGUCACCAUGAUAUGUCCCAAUCUUACCAGCCUUGCGAAGCCACUUUCUUGGCACUGGACGAACAGAAAGUUUGCUCUGCUCAGGACGUAGCCAGCAAACACUCCAAUUCCAAAGGAGAGGAAACCCCACUUGGCUUCCCAGAAAAGCAACUUGGUCUUGAAGAGGUGAAAAGACAAGAAACGAUUGCUCCCAGGCUCAGCAGGGAACCGCUGAGGGUGGACAAGCAUGAAGUCCCCCGGGAGUUACUGGAUGGAUGUUAUUUGAUUGCUUCUGUUCUUCCUGAUCUGACUCACUCCUGCCAGCCUUAUAGGAGAACUUUGUAUUCUUUUGAAGAAAAGCAAGUCAGCUUGGCUCUUGUAGACAAAAUUAACAAGGAUCAAGAGGAGCUAGUAGACCAAGACCCACCAUGCCACAGACUGAGGCAGGAGCUGCUAGAGGUGGAGGAGCAGGAGGUCCCAGAGAACUCCCUGGAUGAAGUUUACUUGACUCCUUCGGUUCCCCAUGACCUGUGUGACUGCCACCAGGCUUAUAGUAGCACCUUGUACUCACUGGAGGAUCAGCUCGCCUGCUCUGCUCUAGAUAUAGCCUCUCCCACCCAGGCAGCUUGUCCCCACUGGCCUUGGAGUGGAGACUUGAGCCACCACCUGUCAGAGGUUGAGGCUUCACAGGCACAGCCGGAGCUGAGAACCCUGGUGCCCAAUUGUCUGCGACUGCAGCUGGAUCAAGGGUUUGCCUGUGGCUAUGGCUUAGCCAGGCCGAGCGUUUCCUCCACCACCUGCAGCUUCACAGCCAACGCUGAUCCUGGGAAGCAAUGGCCCUUCCAAGAGCUGGGUUUAGAGCCUCCUGGAAUGAAGAACCCUCCCCAGCUGGAAGGUGAUGCUCUUGAAGGCUCAACCGACAACACACAUGGGCAUCAAGUCAUUGGCCACAUUCAUGCCUCAAGUGUCCUAAAACCGAAAAAGAUCAAAAGAAAACUGCCGUUCAGCAAGUGGAGACUGGCAUGCAGAUUCCCUGGCCUGCAAGCUUAG